AUGUCGAUGCACACCUCCCUCCGCCGCACCGCGGCCUCAAUCACCACCUCAACAACAACCAUUCUCCCUUCACGGCUCCCGCAAUCGAGCACAACUUUCAUCUGCUCGCAAUGCCGCCAUGCAACAUUGCUCCGCCGCCCCAAGCGUCCUUACACCUUCACACAACUCAUCACCCUCUCUGACGGUAGCACUUUCACGCACCGCACGACCUCGCCGGCGCCCAUCUACCGCUCCACGCGAGACACGCGCAACUCCGUCCUCUGGAACCCUUCCAGCAGCAAGUUGAUGAACGUCGAGGACGACGAAGCCGGUCGUCUCGCUGCCUUCCGUGCCAAAUUCGGUCGCAGCUAUGAUGCUGCUGCGCCCCCUACGGAUGAGAACUCCGCCGAUGCUAAGAAGGAGGCUGCGGAAGCUAAGGCUGCCCAAGCCGAGGAGGACAGUAUGCUUGAUCUGAUUAGCUCAUUCGGAAAAAGGGCGCCUCCUCCCCCGCCUGAGAAGAAGAACCCCUAUAAGAAAUAG